AAGAAAGAGAUGUAUUUGUUUAUUGGAAAAAGGAAAAUAAAGCGUGGUUCAGAGAGCAUGUAUCACAUUUUCUGUCUUCGUUUCAUUUUAAUUAUAGUAAUCGUCACCAUGGCAAACGAAAAAGGCACCCCACCCGACGAUGCAAGCUACUCAUCCACUUCUCCGUGCGAUCGCUUCCUGGACGCUCUUCUGGGUACUAAGAGAAAUAAAUAAUGGCUGUCAUUUUAAGCUGUUUGUUCACAGCAUGAUAUGAGAGAACUGCUUAUUUUUAUCUUCUGCUGACAGAACCCGGUUCAACUUUUUUGAAAUCACGCGCGAAUCUUUUUCUUUUGCCUUUCUAAUAUAUAAAAAAAAAUGACACAACGCGGUUUACUAAUUGUUGUUGAAGGUUGUGAUCGUUCAGGAAAAUCAACCCAAUGUGACAUUUUAGUCAAUAGCUUACAGCAAAAGGGUAUUGAUACCGAGCUUGUAAAAUUUCCUGACCGAACGACACAAACAGGAAAAAUGAUCGACAGCUACCUUCAACAAAAAAGUGAGCUUGACGAUCAUGCCAUUCAUUUGUUAUUUUCUGCUAAUCGUUGGGAGGCCAUGAAAACUUUAUCUGAAAAAUUGAAUAACGGAAAGACUUUGGUUGUCGAUAGAUACGCGUUCUCUGGUGUAGCAUUCUCUUCUGCAAAGGGUUUAGAUUUAGAAUGGUGUAGAAAUCCUGAUAUUGGAUUAUUAACGCCAGAUAUUGUCUUGUUUCUUGAUUUAUCCAUCGACGAUGCUGAAAAGAGAGGUGGAUUUGGCGAUGAACGUUAUGAAAAGAGAGAAUUACAGAUUAAAGUCAGAGAUCAAUUUAUGAAGCUCAAAGACGACAGUUGGAAGUUUAUUGACGCAAGUCAAUCCAAAGAAAAUGUGGAAAAGGAGAUUUGGAAUACCAUUGAUGCCACUAGAAAUUUAUUGCAAGAUAACAUUCAGGAAUUGCAAUUUAAUUUAUGGAAAAAAUAAACAAGAAGACUUUUAUUAUGUUAACAA